ACGGUCGGGCGCGCGCUCCUGGUGAAGAUGCGCUGAGGAGAACUGCCAGUGAAAAGCAUUUUUAUUUUCCGCAUAAACUCGACACUUUCGAAAUAAAUAUCGAAAAGGAGCCGGUGUGGACUUUUGCUACAUGACGCAGAGCCGUGUUUGGCUGACAGUGACAUCAUCAACUGAUGCAGUUUGGAUAAGAAGACUUUCAUUAUUGAUUUAUUUAUCCUUGCAGCUGAACACAAUCCACUGUGCCCUGGAAGUGUUACAGCAGAGUAUAGCUACAAAUUUCCAACCCAAGGCAACAACAGAAGUUUCUUAGAUGCUGUUGUCUCUUGUUGUUUGCCUUGGCAGUAUACAUCGACGCUUCCCAAUGUUCAGUUCAGACAGACUCACUGUUCCAGAGCGGGUCAGCCGGCUUCAGCCGCGCAGAUUGACCUCUGACCCAAGAGCUGUUUCACCUGGCCUUCAUGCCGAUGUCCAGAUCGUGCUGGACAGCUCACUUCCAGCACUUCGGACUUCUCUGAAAACACUCAAGUCCUCAAAAGACACUGGGGAUGUGCCAAAGACUCGUCAGGCUAUCGCCGAGAUAUUCCAACUUGUUGAAGAGGCCUGGGUUUUGCCUGCGGUUGGCCGGCAAGUGGCAGAGGAAAUCUGCAACAGAAUACGACUGGAUGGAGGUCUGGAGUCACUACUGCAGCUACUGCGGACACCUGCUGAGGACAUCACGUAUGAGUCCGCCAAGCUGCUUGAGCAGAUUCUGAUCUCUGAGAACAGAGACUAUGUAGCACGCAUGGGUCUCGGUGUGAUCCUGAACUUGACCCGUGAGCAGGAGGACGCCCAGCUGGCGCGGAGCAUCUCUGGCAUCCUGGAGCACAUGUUCAAGCACACGGAGGAGACGUCAGCCCAGCUCAUUGGAGACGGAGCCCUGGACACGUUGCUGUUCUGGUGCCGUGGUACAGAUCCCACUGUGCUGCGACAUUGUUCUGUGGCUCUGGCCAACUGUGCCAUGUAUGGUGGGCACCGGUGCCAGCGGCUGAUGAUCGAGAAGCAGGCAGCGGAGUGGCUGUUCCCACUGGCCUUCUCCAAGGAGGAUGAGCUGAUCCGCUUCCAUGCAUGCUUGGCUGUGGCUGUGCUGGCUGCUAACAGGGAGCUGGAGAGCGAGGUGGUGAAGUCGGGUACGCUGGAGCUAGUGGAGCCGUUCAUCGCCUCUCUCGACCCGGAUGAGUUUGCGCGCAGCCUGCAGGACAGUGCUGACAGUGUUCAGGGUCGCACUGCUGCCGAUCUGCAGCAUCUGUUGCCCCUUCUGGAUGGGACGCGACUUGAGGGCAAGUGCAUCGCUGCUUUCUAUCUUUGUGUAGAGAGUGGCAUCAAGUCCCGGCAGCGCAACACCAAGAUAUUUCAGGAGAUUGGGGCAGUUCAGAGUUUAAAGAGGAUUGUCAUGUACUCAAGCAAUGCCACCACACACACUCUGGCUAAAAGGGCCUUGAGGAUGAUGGGUGAAGAUGUUCCACGUCGCAUACUCUCCUCUGUUCCUAACUGGAAAACGGUGGAGGUACAAACAUGGCUGCAACAGAUUGGCUUUAGUGCCUUCAGUGAUCGAUUCCAGGAGCUACAGGUGGAUGGAGACCUACUACUUAACAUCUCUGAGGAGAACCUGAUUAACGACCUGGCCAUGACCUCUGGGAUCACCCGCAAGAGGUUUAUGCGAGACCUGCGGGUACUGAAGACCUAUGCUAACUACUCCAUGUGUGAUCCUAAAAAUCUCGCCGACUGGUUGGCGGACUUGGACCCACAGUUCCGUCAGUACACCUACAGUAUGGUGCAGUCUGGUGUGGAUCGUAACAACCUCCUCCAGAUAACAGAUGAGCAGCUGCAGCGGGACUGCCAUAUAGAGAACGGAAUCCACAGGGCUCAGAUCCUUGCUGCUGCUCGCCGGCCUGCCAGGCCCUGUUUCACUGACUCGCAGCGCACAGGUCCAGAUGUGUUCAUCAGCUACAGGCGCACCACUGGAUCUCAGCUUGCCAGUCUGCUGAAGGUGCACUUGCAGGUGCGUGGCUUCAGCGUUUUCAUCGAUGUGGAGAAGCUGGAGGCAGGCAAGUUUGAGGAAAAGCUGAUAACCAGCGUGCAGAGAGCGCGUAACUUCAUCCUGGUGCUGUCAGCCAACGCUCUGGACAAAUGCAUGGGCGACACCGGCAUGAAAGACUGGGUUCAUAAGGAGAUUGUCACCGCUCUCAAAGGGAAGAAGAACAUUGUUCCCGUCACUGACAACUUUCAGUGGCCGGAUCCCAACUCUCUUCCUGAGGACAUGCGAGCCGUUCUCACGUUUAACGGCAUCAAGUGGUCCCAUGAGUAUCAGGAAGCCUCAAUAGAAAAGAUUCUCCGCUUUUUGAAAGGAGGCCCCAAUCAAGAGCAGCUGGACAGCUCAAAGACCUGCAUGGAGCCAGAGCAGAACGUUCUUCCUAUCACUCACCAAUGCUGAGCUUUCCCACUGAUCAUAUGCACACCCAGCGAUGUGACCAAACCAUACUACUAACCUCUGCUAGGCCUAUUAAGGCUAUUACUUUGCGUGGUAGGAAUAAAAUAAGCGAUACAUGGAAGAAAUAAAAAAGUACUGUAAAUGUA